UCCCCUGACCCCGCUCCCUUUCCCAGAACUCAGUCGUCUGAGCCCCCAGUCUGUGGUUCACUCCUGGGCCUCAGCCUUUCCUGCCUUCGACUGAAACGGCGGCAUCUUCUCAGCCCUGGGGGCUUCCCCGGGGCCCAGCCCGGGGCCUAGAACCCGCCCGCCGCCUGCCACGCCGCCACGCUGCCACCGCCGCUUCCUCUAUAAAGGGACCCAGGCGUCCAGGCCCAGGGGCCCCGCAUAGCAGGUGAGACUCUCCCGGCCCGUCUCCUCCUCGGGCUGCCCGGCGCUGGACUCCCCUGGGCACCCCGCCCCUCCGCCCGCGCCGCGGCCCCUCCCGUGCCGCCUGCCUGGGGCCGGGCCCCGGUUCUCCCCAUGACACCACCUGGACGGCUCUACCUCCUGAGGGUGUGCAGCGCCCCCCUCCUCCUCCUUCUGGGGCUGCUGCUGGCCCUGCCGCCUGAGGCCCAGGGGCUUCCUGGUGUGGGCAGCUCACCCUCAGCCCCCCGGACUGCCUACCAGCACCCUCAGAAGCACUUCGCACCAGGCACCCUCAAACCUGCUGCUCAUCUUAUUGGAGACCCCAGCACCCAGAACUCACUGCGCUGGAGAGCAAACACGGAUCGUGCCUUCCUCCGCCAUGGCUUCUCUUUGAGCAACAAUUCCCUCCUGGUCCCCACCAGUGGCCUCUACUUUGUCUACUCCCAGGUGGUCUUCUCUGGGGAAGGCUGCUUUCCCAAGGCCACCCCCACCCCUCUCUACCUGGCCCAUGAGGUCCAGCUCUUCUCCUCCCAGUACCCUUUCCACGUGCCUCUCCUCAGUGCUCAGAAGUCCGUGUGCCCAGGGCCACAGGGACCUUGGGUGCGCUCCGUGUACCAGGGAGCUGUGUUCCUGCUCACCCAGGGAGAUCAGCUCUCCACUCACACAGAUGGCGUCUCCCACCUACUCCUCAGCCCCAGUAGUGUCUUCUUUGGAGCCUUUGCUCUGUAGAAAAAUCCAGAAAAAAAAAAAUAAUUGAUUUCAAGAUCUCCUCCCCAUUUUGCCUCCAUUCCGACCACUUCAAGGGUCACCGCGCCUCUCUUUUGAUCCUUCCAAUAGCCUCAAGUCUCCCCUGCUCGCGUUACCUGGCGCUUCCAAAGAAGGAAUUCUGGGCACCCCAGGGGACCAUACCUCCUUUCAGCAAACCCCAAUGCUAGGCUGAGGAUUUCAAGUCUGCCUAGAAAUUCCUGCCCAAAGCUCUUCCUCUGUCCUGCCAGUCGAAGGAGGACCUAGCCCUGGACAUGGAGGGGUCAGACGCCGGGGGAAGCUUGGGAGGACGGCAGAGAGGCAGGGGAGGGGGAAUUAUUUAUGCAGGGGAAAACUUAAAUUAUUUAUUUAUGGAGAUUGGAGGGAAGGGAAUAACAGAGGGCCACCGGAAGAGAGAGAAAUAUGCCUAAGAGAUGAAGAGCAAGAGAACAUUUGGCAUAAGGAUAACACAGUGAAAGAGAAGACAAGUGGGGCUGAGACACUGGGGAGCUCUAGAAGGAAGCAAAAAACUCUUCAGGUCCAACCACUGCUUGACUAAACACCCCAUGAGGAGACAUCUGCACCUUCGAUGAA